UUAUUUUUUCUUCUCUCACUUCCUUGCCUUCAGUUAAAGUAGUGAGCAAAUUCUGGUGUUUUAUUCCUUGUUUCUUUAAAAACCACCUUAGUUUUUAUAUUUAUCACUUCAUAUUCCAUCACUUUCCUUCUAAGUAACUCUCAUCAUCCUUAUCCUAAUCACAUGGAUCCAUUUCAUUCAUAAACACUUCUUUUCAUCAACCAAAAAAACAUUAUUCACCUCAAUCAAACACAAGAUGAUGAAUAAGAUGACCAGCUCUGAUCUCAUAGAUUCUAAGCUUGAAGAACAUCAAUUGUGUGGAUCCAAACACUGCCCUCGCUGCGGUCACAAGUUCGAUCAAGGCAAACCGGAUUGGUUAGGUCUACCAGCCGGAGUGAAAUUUGAUCCAACAGAUCAAGAACUUAUCGAACAUCUCGAAGCGAAGGUCGAAUCGAAGAACAACAUGAAAUCACAUCCUUUGAUAGAUGAAUUCAUUCUCACUAUUGAAGGUGAAGACGGAAUUUGUUACACCCAUCCUGAGAAACUUCCAGGAGUGACAAGAGAUGGAUUAAGCAGACACUUUUUCCACAGACCUUCAAAGGCUUAUACGACGGGAACACGAAAGAGACGAAAGAUUCAAACCGAAGAAUGUGAUUUACAAGGAAGUUCAGGAGGUGAAACAAGGUGGCACAAAACUGGAAAAACAAGGCCUGUUAUGGUUAACGGAAAACAAAAAGGCUGCAAGAAGAUUCUAGUCCUCUACACGAAUUUCGGGAAGAAUCGAAAGCCUGAGAAGACGAACUGGGUUAUGCAUCAGUAUCAUUUAGGACAGCAUGAAGAAGAGAAAGAAGGAGAGCUGGUUGUUUCGAAGAUAUUUUAUCAGACGCAGCCGAGACAGUGUAAUUGGUCUGAUAAUAAUCAUAGAAUUGGUGCAACAACGACGGCAACCGGUGAAGGAAGUGGCGGUGAACCUAAUAAUGUUAUCAAUGCAAAUGCAAGAAGAGAUAGUGGAAGUGGAAGUUCUUCUUCUAAGGAGAUUGUAACUCAUCAUAAUCAUAAUCAGAUUUAUAGAGACGAAAUGUCUGCUGCUGCCGUUGCUGUUGCCGCUGUUGCUGGUGUCCCAGCUCCUUUAACAAGCUUCACAAAUGCUUUGGAUAUUCAGCAUCUUAAAUCCGAUCAUUUCGGCUUCAUCCCGUUUCGGAAAAACAGCUUCGAUGAGGUUGGAAUAGGAGAAGGUUCUAAUGCAAGAGAAAUGCAAGCAUCAGGAUCAUGUGAUCAGGAGCAGCAUCAUGUAGUAACACAUCAUCAUCAUCAACAUCAUCAACAACAACAGCAACAGCAACAACAACAUGAACAUCAUGUGCAACAACAAAUUAAUGCAAACGCAGCUUUCCAUAUCAGUAGGCCUUCAAAUCCAAUCUCAACUAUCAUCUCUCCACCUCCACUUCACCAUACAUCCAUCAUCCUUGAUGAUAAUUCUUACCAUGUCUCAACAAUCAUGCUCCAAAAUGAGAAUUUCCAGCAACAACAACAGCAGCAACAACAUCAUAAACUAGGUGGUGGAAGGUCUGCGUCUGGUUUGGAAGAAGUCAUCAUGGGUUGCACUUCAACAUCUUCUGAUACUAUCAAAGAGGAAUCAUCUAUGAGAAACCAGCAAGAAGCAGAAUGGUUGAAAUACUCAUCUUAUUGGCCAGUUGACCCUCCUCCUCAUGACAACCAUAAUCACCAUCAUCAUCAUAAUCAUCAUCAUCAUCAACAUCAUGAUCAAUAGAAUGAAGGAGACAACAAAAACAAAGACAGUAUCAUUGUCAUAUCAUCAUUCAUGCUUCAACCAUACACUUUCCAACAAAAAAAACCAUCAUAUCCAUCGUUAGUUUUUGCUCUUUUUUUUUCAUUCUUUCUUUUUUCCAGUAUCUCAACUUCUUCAGUGAGUGUCAGAACAAGAACAAGUUUUGGAAAGAAAGUGACAAAGAACAAAGAGAAAAAGAAAGAGAAAAAUUAAAGAAGAAAAAGAAAAGAAAAGAAAGCUGCUCUCCCUCGUGACAACACAGUCAUGGAGAAUGACCUAAGACUCAAAGUUAAAUCUGCAUGAAAAUCAUCACUUUAUAUAUUAAUAUAUAGAAUUAUUAUUAUUAUUAUUAUAGUAUCAUAUUAUUUAUAUUAUUUUAUAUUAUUUUUAUUGUAUAAGUUUUGUUUGUAUAAGUUUUAUGUCUAAAGAGAUAUUUGUAUAAGUUCUUUUUUUUUUUCACAUAAAAAAUAUAUAUACCAUUGAGUUUUGUGCAUAUUGUAACAAUAUGAUAAUAUUGGACAAAUUUUGUGCCAAGCAUUUUAUAUAUAACAUAUUGAUUAGUACCAA